UAACUUUGGAAUUUGGAUAUACAUGUGAUAUGAUUUUUGCAGUUAAAUUAUAGAAAUAGAUGAUUUUUCCAGAACCAAGGAUUUGUAAAUUUUAUAGUAAAAAUUCUUACCAGAACUGAGUUUCAUUCAUGCGAUAUUGCAUUCAGUUUUUCAAUUAACGAUCCUAUUAGAAUAUAAUUAGUGAUAUUUGUUUUUCUUGUGAUUAAAUAAAUCAGGAAGCACGGAUAUAUAAUACUACUCCUUGAAAUUUAAUUAAUUACUUGCCAUAAGUACUCACACUUAAGAAAGGGAAAGUUGUAAAUUUCCUGUUCUAUUUAAAGUAUCAAUAUCCGAUCGACCGUAAAUCAAUAAACAAUGACAUUUGUAAACAAUUCACACUCCACUGAAAACUCUCCCAUGCUGAAAGAAGAAAGUUUACCUGUGAAAAAUGGAGAUUACCUUAUGAUACCUUGCUCUAAGGAAGACAUGGACCCAAAUGUCAAACCUUUAGAACAUGGGGAGGAAAUUAAACCCUCUGAUGAGGAAAGUGAACUCUGUGGUUGGAGAUCCUGCCAGCCUCAAAUUUGUCAAGUGUUUAGAAGGCCGGGGUGGAUGUUAUUUUGGCUGUGCUGGGCUGGAGCAAUACAGGGUAUGGUUGUGAAUGGAUUCGUUAAUGUUGUGAUAUCCACCGUGGAACGUCGUUAUGACAUGAGCAGUACAGAGUCGGGGAUUAUAGCGAGUAGUUAUGACAUUGCUUCCGUCCUUUGUUUAAUACCUGUUAGUUAUUUUGGAGGACUCGGUUGUAAGCCUAGAUAUCUUGGAAUAGGUGUAUUUAUCAUGGCAAUUGGAUCAUUUGUUUUUUCAAUACCAAAGUUUACCGCUGCUGAAUAUGAGAUUAUUUCAAGUGGAGAUAACUUGUGUCAUUCAUCUUAUAAUAGCUCAACAGAGUGUGACAAUAAAAUAGAUAGUUUAUCGAGUUAUAAAUGGGUGUUUUAUUUAGGACAAUUUUUACAUGGGGCAGGUGCUGCCCCCUUGUAUACCUUAGGAGUUACCUACCUUGAUGAGAACUUACCACUCCGAUCAUCAUCAAUGUAUAUAGGUAUAUUUUAUGCUUUUGCCAUCGUGGGACCAGCCAUAGGUUAUUUAGCAGGCGGAGCAUUCCUUAAUCUAUAUGUAGAUUUUGAUUCAGUUGAUACAAACAGCUUAUCAAUAAAUUCUCUGAGUCCAAGAUGGGUAGGAGCAUGGUGGGUUGGUUUUUUACUGAGUGGAAUUUUAGCUUUAAUGAUCUCAAUACCAAUCUGUGGAUUUCCUACAUCUUUACCAGGUUCAGAAAACUACAAAGCAGAGAAAGAAAAAGAAGUAUAUAACAGUAACACCAAAAAAGUUCCCACAACAGAAAUAGUCCCUGGUAGUAAAGGGAAGUUACUUCAUGUCUGGUCUGCUGUGAGAGUCCUGCUAACAAAUCCGACAUUUAUGUGUCUAAAUUUAGCAGCUGCAGCAGAAGGUAAUAUUUUGGCAGGUUUUGCCACAUUUGCACCCAAGUUUAUAGAAUACCAGUUUGCUUUACAAUCUUCUACAGCAGCUAUGUAUAUAGGUUAUGUUGCUGUACCCUGUGGUGGUGGAGGGACUUUUUUAGGAGGAUAUCUUGUUAAACGAUUUAACCUAGGAAUUAAAGGAAUAAUUAGACUGUGUCUUGGUGUGACUUUACCAUGUUUUGCUUGUGUGUUAAUUUUUUUAAUUAAUUGUGAAAAUGUGCCAUUUGCUGGAGUAAAUAUACCUUACCCAAAAGCACUAAACGGGUCAACCAGGAUGGAGUUUUUAGGAACUUUUACGACAGAUUCUUGUAGCGACAACUGCCAUUGUUCCACGGAGGAUUUUAAUCCUGUUUGUGGAGAUAAUAAUGUGGUUUACUACUCACCCUGCUACGCAGGUUGUCAGAAUCUAAUACCUGACUCCAAUCCUCGGCAAUAUGCAAACUGCAGCUGUAUAUCUACAGAGCCAUCUGGUAUGCAUGCGACAAUGGGCAAAUGUGGAGCUUCCUGUACUUACUUGCCUAUAUUUUUGCCUGUCUUUGCCAUUGUGAUGUUGCUUACUUUUAUUGCCAGUAUGCCUGCAUUGACUGCUACACUAAGAUGUGUGCCUCAAAAGGAGAGAUCAUUUGCAUUAGGAAUACAGUGGAUCAUAGCAAGAUGUCUCGGUUCUAUUCCUGGACCGAUUUUGUUUGGAAAAUUGAUAGACAUAACAUGUAAAUUGUGGCAGAACAGUUGUGGCGAAGUAGGUUCCUGUUUUAUCUACGACAAUCGCUCGAUGAGUCACAACAUGCUAGCAGUGGCCUUAUCUGGCAAAUUUUUAUCGUCGUUAUUUUUCUUUCUAGCAUUGAUGUUUUAUAAGACAUCGCCAUGUGAUGAAAAUUCAAAUAGCACAACGAUAGACAAAACAAAACAAAAUGGUUCUACAAAUCAUAACGGUAACAAGAAUUCAGGGGACAAAAGAUCGAAAGAUGAUCCACCAGGGGACAAAAGUAUCGAAACGUCAUUGAAUAAACUUGGCAACGGUGAUGUCAAACAAAACGGCAAUGGAUUAAAUCAAAAUGGGCAAAACGAAUCAACUAAUUUUUAAAGGAGGAGUGUAAAUUGAUAUGUAAUUGUGAAUGGUUUCUUUAUCUCUGAUAAAGAUCUGCUGAUUCUACAUGAUGAUGUUUAUUAUAACAAGAUUAGAAUUGAAAUGUUAGUUUAAUUUUAUGUUAUUUAAAAUAAAAGUUUGUCUGCAAGUUUUUUGGGGGGACAUAUAGAUUGAUUUUGUAUUUGGAAAUACUAGAAGUUAAGAAUUUUGAUUGGGAGGUAGACAAUUUUUUUUAUUUUUUUUUAUUUAUUUUUUUAAAGUGCACAAAUUGCAAUUAUACAAUAGAAAUUAUACAUUCUCUUGUUUCCAAAUCCCAGUAUUUCUAUUGAAUAAUUAAUAAAAAAAAAAAAAUUGGUUGAUGGGAGAUGGAUAAAGGCAGUUUAGAUGUUUUUUUAGAGGGGAUUUAGGUAGUUGAAAAGAUUUUUUGUUAAUCAAACAAGUAAGAAGCAUGUUUGUAAACUCAGGUUUGUUGAAGUGGAUCAAAUACAAGGGAGACAAUUCAAUGUAUUCAAAUUAUUUUUUAAGAAAACGAUUUACAAAUCAGGAAUUUAAUACAAUUAUUAUAAAAGCUGUGCCGGGAAACAAUCAACAUAAUAGAUGUGCAGUAUAAAUGAUAUUAAUUUAAAUAUUAUGUACACUUCAAGCCAUACACACAGAUUAUUAGCUUCUAACCAUUUUUAAUUUUUGUUUAAGUUAGUAAGAAUUUGGUGCUGUUUUUACUUGGCCACAACGAUUUUCAAAACAAUGACUUUGAAAACCAAUAGAUAUGCACUCUUAAACAGAUUAUUGACCAAUAUAACACAAUUGUAAACUUGUAACCAUACCUCAACUGGGUAUGUAGAAUUGCUUGAUUUUGUUACAAAAAAAGAUGCUAGAAAAAAGUGGAAGCUAAAUAAUUUAUUGAAGCCUAAAAAAAAUGUUUUGUUUCCUGCUCAAACUACAUACCUGUAAAUUUUUACACAUCAUACAAUGCAUUAAACAUAACGGACAUUUUUACUUAAGCACCAUUGAAGUCCAGUCAUUUUUAUGAUUGUUUGGUAUUGUCCAGAACCCACCCUACAUGAGUCUCCAUUAAAUAUUUUUAACAAGAUUUUUACCUACUCAUUUUUUGGGGAAGGAAACUCAUAUUUUUGUUUGGCCUUAUGGACUCAAAAUGUAUUGUAUUUAUAUACAUGUACAUGUAUUUGUCAGUUUGUAAAUAUUUAAAGUUUGAUGUUAUUUAAGGCUAAACAUACUUACACAUUUUUACUUUUUAUAAUAUAUAGAUUAAUAUAUUUAAUAUUUUUUAAAUCAGAAAUAUUCUAUAUAAUUUAUUUAUACAUAUCAUAGUAAAGGCAGCCAGUCCAUUAUAUAUAAAUCUAUUGGACAUUAACUUAAUCUAUGCACUAUUCACAUGCUCGUAAAUAAUUAACUGUAAAUUCAGAACUAAUUGUGUACAUUUAUUAUUUAGAUUUGCAAUGUUUUUAAAUUGAUUGAUUGAUUGUUGUUUGCUUAACGCUGCAUUACCACAAAAAGGCUAAAUUGUGAAGAGAGCUAAUUCGAAUAUUUUUACAAUUUUGAAAGUGGACACAUGUGUGCAGGGGUGGAUCCAGCCAUUUGCCAUUUUAAAAAAGAGGGGGUUCCAACUAUAUGUCCCCAUUUAAAUGCAUUUAUCAUCCCAAAAAAAGGGGUGUUCCAACCCCCACGAACCCUCCCCCUGGAUCCGCCACUGUGUGUGAUAAGUUAAUGUAAUUUCAAACAUAAUUGCAUUCAGAUAUCAUAAUGCAAAUUUUUAAUAUUUUGAUACUCACCAGACUGCAUUAUUCAAAAUAAUUUCUGAUUUUACAAUAUUGAAAAAUUAAAUUGAUUCAAGAUGGUAUAUAUAUAUGUUUUUAUUUAUUUGAUUGGAACAUAAGUCAGUUGUGGAGAUAAUGAAAACGUUUCCUAUGAUGAUUUCAGAUAUUCUAUACAGCAUGAUUUAAUAAAUAUUUGUGUAUGUUAAUGCCACGUCUACAAUAGUA